AUGAUUGAUGAUGAGAAAGAAAGUGUUUCAAGCAUGUACUAUUUACUUGAGGUUUUCGAAAAAGAAAACGUCCCUCAUUCACUAAACCUUUCUUCCACAGGUAUAGUGACAACGUGGUCCGUUUUUACCAGUACCAUCUUGUGUUUGAUCAAUCAUCCAGAAUAUCAAGAAACGUUGUUUAAGGAGAUUGAGGAACACAUUGGCAGAGACCGUCAACCAACUCUAGCGGACAAGAUUAAUUGUCCAAAUCUUGAGGCUUUAGAACUUGAAGUUCACAGAUUGCUCACGGUGGUACCAACAUUUGCAGGCCGCGUUUGUACACGAGAUAUUAAUCUUGAGGGUUACAACAUACCAAAAGGAACAAUGAUCAUGGCAAACACAUGGCGUGUCCACCACGAUAGCAAAGUAUGGGGAGACCCGUGGAAUUUCCGCCCUGAACGGUUUUUAGAUGCUGAUGGAAAUCUUCUCCCCAGGGAUAAUGUUGUCUGGGUGGAGUGGGGCUGGAGGAUGGGGGAUGGGGAGGCGCUGCGUUCUUGGGAGAUGGCUAUUCCUACAUACAACUGGAUUCCAUUUUCUGUGGGCAGAAGACAAUGUCUGGGAGAGCAGUUUGCCAGGUCCAGAUAUUUCUUGUAUAUGGUAUCACUGUUGGGAAAGUGGAAAUUUGUAGGAUGCCCAGGAAAAUUUGGACCAUGCGAUGCAAGAAAUCUGGAAAACUUUGACACUACCGUAACACUUCGGUCUAAACCAUUUUUCUGUACAGCAGAGGAAAGAUAUUGAUAGUCUUGAAUAUUCUUAUGAACGGUCAUUGGAGAGAAAACAAGAAUAACAUAGACAUAUCAUAAUAAAUACGUAGCUAUUACAACUGUUUAGAUAAUUAGUUCAUAGGACGGCUAACUAUAACAAAACGAGAUGCAUUAUAUUGGAAUGAUUUACGGGGCGUCUUCUUUCAUAGCUGUAUAACACGUGGCUUGGUAGAUUAACUUUCAAAUAAUUUUGCAUAUAUAUUUGAUGACAUGUUUAAUUAUAAAAUUUGAGCUUUUCUCCGCACGAUUUUGCACCUUUUAACCAUCAAACAAUUGCUGAAGCUUAUGCAAUCCGCUCUCACAAGUAUUUUCGUAUCGUUUCUGCUGUCUUGUAUAAUGUGGUGUUUACCUAUCGCUUCUUCUGUUAUGCUGUAUAGUG